AUUUGUAUACAUUUUUUUACCCCCGUUAACCUUUUUUCCUAGCUAAAAAAUCGAUGAAAUUUUUUGUAACUGGAGGUUCAGGAUAUUUAGGACGCAAUUUCAUUCAAUAUGCGUUGUCACAAAAUGAUAAUGUCACUAUAAAUGCUUUAUCUCGCUCAAGUGUUUCCGAUGAAGUAAUCUUGAAAACCGUAGGAAAUAUCAAGAAAGGUCGCGAAAGGAUAAGGAUAAUUCGAGGUCAUAUUAAUGAUGAAAACUCUUUGAAAGAAGGAUUGGAGGAUGUAGAUGUUGUAAUCCACAUGGCUGCUAAGGUUCAACCAUAUGGAUAUUACGAAGAACAUGAAAGAAUAAAUGUUCAAGGGACAGCUCUUUUACUUUCACUUAUUGAAUCGUUACAAAGAUCAAAUAAACCUCGAUUCGUUUAUAUUUCUUCUUUUGCUGCUCACUUAAGUGAUUAUUUUCCUAUAGAUUCAUUACCGGAUUGGGCACCAUAUUCAAAAUCAAAAUGUCUUUCAGAAAAAGAAAUCAUGAAAUCGUCGUUUGAAGAUAUUAUUAUAUUAAGAUUGGGUUGGUUGUGGGGUAAAGAUGAUAGUGUAUUGGCACCAAUGUUAUAUAAUUUAUGUAGAAAUCCUAUUUGGAAAAUUACGCCACAAAGUCUUCCAUUAUCGAUAACUCACGUUACAAAUGCUUGUGAAGCAAUUUAUCUUUCUUGUAUUACGGAAAAAAAUAAUAAUUCAAAAAGUAUUUAUGAAAUUGAGGAUACUGAAGGAAAAGUUGAAAUGGAUGAUUUUGUAGUAUUUUACAUUGGUUCAGCUUAUAAUAUUGAACCUCCAAGACCUUUUAAAAAUUUUAGAGCUCCAAAAUGGUUGGUUUGGGGUUUAAUUACUAGCGUUGAGUAUAUACCUUUUCUUGGUUAUAGUAAAACUUGGAUUUUUGAUGGUAUUAAUAGAGAAUGUUUAGUUUGUUUAUAUAGAAAUUAUCAAUUAGAUAGUACUAAUGCUAGGGAAGAACUUAAUUAUAUUGGUAAAGUUUCAAGAGAGCAAGGAAUUGCUGAAUUAAUAGAGUUAUCUAAAAACAAGAAUUCGGUAUUAUAACACAUAUAAAAUUGUAAAAUGAUAAAAAUUGAUUUUCAUGUUCUAAUAAAAUAUCGAUAAUAUUUUUUAAUAAAAAAAGUUUAAAAUGUUUUAUAACAAUACAAAUAAUAAAAGAAAAAUUUCCGAAAUCAAAGUAUUACGAAAAAA